ACUCCCCCCCUCCCCCUCUCUCUCGCUCCGUUUUCCUGCCGGGCUGCUGCUGCUUUGCGCGCUGCGGGGCCACACUGCGACCGCACCGAGGAGGAAGAGGAGAAAGGCGCGGAGUGAAAGGGGGGAGAGAUCCACUGAGGAAGAGGCAGACCGAGCUGAGGAGGAGGGCUGAUUCACGCACCGUCACCGCACGGAUAAAAAACCCUCCGAAGCAGCAGCAGCAGAAGGCGGAGACGCGUCACACCGCGCUCUUCCUCCCUCCAUCUCUGCUCCGUGAAGAAGAGGAGGACGCCCGGAGGGACCCGCUGGGAUCCGGUGUUGGACAGCCCCCCUCCCGCACGGACCAGGGCCGAUUCCCCGCACUCUAGCAGCCAGCUCGGCACCAUGAAGGACCGCACGGCGGAACUGCGAAGCGCUAAAGACAGCGAUGAUGACGAAGAGGUGGUGCAAGUGGACAGGGACCACUUCAUGGACGAGUUCUUUGAACAGGUGGAGGAAAUCCGCGGCUGCAUAGAAAAGCUGUCUGAGGACGUGGAGCAGGUCAAGAAGCAGCACAGCGCCAUCCUGGCCGCGCCCAACCCUGACGAAAAGACCAAGCAGGAGCUGGAGGACCUCACAGCUGACAUCAAGAAGACAGCCAAUAAAGUUCGCUCAAAAUUAAAAGCAAUUGAGCAGAGCAUCGAGCAGGAGGAAGGCCUCAACAGAUCAUCAGCGGACCUCCGGAUCCGUAAGACACAGCACUCGACGCUGUCGCGUAAAUUCGUGGAGGUGAUGACCGAGUACAACACCACGCAGUCCAAGUACCGCGACCGCUGCAAGGACCGCAUCCAGAGGCAGCUGGAGAUCACUGGAAGAACCACCACCAACGAAGAGCUGGAGGACAUGUUGGAGAGUGGCAAACUGGCCAUCUUCACCGAUGAUAUCAAAAUGGACUCUCAGAUGACCAAGCAGGCCCUGAACGAGAUCGAGACCCGACACACCGAGAUCAUCAAGCUGGAAAACAGCAUCCGUGAGCUCCACGACAUGUUUGUCGACAUGGCCAUGCUGGUGGAGAGCCAGGGAGAAAUGAUUGACAGAAUUGAGUACAACGUAGAACACUCUGUCGACUACGUGGAGCGAGCCGUCUCCGACACCAAGAAGGCCGUAAAAUACCAGAGCCAGGCUCGCAAGAAGAAGAUCAUGAUCAUCAUCUGCUGCGUCAUCCUGGGCGUGGUCCUGGCGUCGACCAUCGGCGGCACGCUGGGCUUCUGAGACGUUCCUCCACCUGCUGCCAUGAUGACUGAUGCCGACCGACUGACCGACAGCCAGCAGAGAAAAGAAACAGCAACGACAACACAAAAAACUUGAAACACAAAUGCAAGACCGACAACCAAUCAGCUAGGAAGAGAUAAUCCAAUCACAAAUAAGAGGAAACACCAGGGGUUUGGGCGGGGUACAAAACACAGUAACACCACACUAUAGGUGACUUAUCCACACAACAAGACAGGGAAAAAUAAACCUAUUUAUGUAAAUGUAUUGAACAUAUGAAGCAACACGUGGGUUAGCUACCUGUAAAAAAUGAUAACCUCUGAUAUAACUUUUACUUUGUUGUUUGUUUGGCUGUUUUCCUACGUUCUGAAGCUCCUUGUUUGUUUUUCCGGGUCUCCGAGGACAGUGGCGGCUGCUGGGUGGGAGUCCUGUGGGACAAAUCUGCCAUUCGGGUUCCUCGCGUUCAUUUCAGAAAACAAACAGCUAAUGCAUAGAUGUAGAAAACCCGAAGGUUGCAGAAGUUGGGGAACGGCGUUAAUGUUGUGCCUCGCCGUCAGCUAGUCCGCCUCUCAUUGGCUGCUUUGCCCCGUCAUUCGCCUCGGCCAGCCUGGUACCGGAGACCGAUUGGACCCUUAGCAGAUGUUUUCACAGCCGGCUGCGGUUGGGAAAAACCGCGUUGACAAGGGGGAGGUCAGACUCCCCUGACUGUUGCAUCGAUCCAACCAAAGAGUUGGGGAGGGAGGGCCUCUGACCGUCCUGGUUAUUCUGAUUGGCCAGCGUAGGCGACAAGGUGACACCUGAGGGCUGGGUGGAGAUGGACAGUUAAUCUAUGCAGUUUAGAUACAAGAAAGUCAACUUGCCCCGCCUACCAACACAGAGAUAGCCAAUGAGAAUCUGUUAAAAGCCAGGGCCGUCAUCCUCAAGCUGCUCUUCUUGAGGAGUCAACAAAGAAUAACGGAAACGCAUCAAAACCAACAAACAGGCGAAGCCAGUUACCCGGUGUGGCGAUGGUCCUGUGGCUGUUUGUGUUUCGAUGGCGAGCGUUUGUUGCUUUUGUCGUGCUGCUGUUCCGGUGUGUGCGUGACGUAUCCUGUGCUGUAUCUGCUUAACAUUGUGUUGACGUUGAGUUUGUGCGAUCCGACGUGUCUCCGGCGUGUUUGUGUUGGAAAAGCUGUGAUGUUUCGGUUGCCACACAUUCCUGUAGAUAAUGUAAAAGGAGCAUCACUCCUCUGUGCAUGCUGAGACAGGAUGCUCCAUCCAACCACCCGGACGAGGAGUACAGCAGCUCUAACGGCCAAUUCACAUUCUCUGAGUGCAUUUCCCUGGAAGGUGGAUCAACGUGACACACAUUCAUUCACAACAUGAACAUGUCAUAUAUGUUUUAAGACCCCAUGAAUGUUGUGUUACUGCCAGUGUUAGGGUUAGUCUGAGCUGCUUUGCAUGGUGUAGAGUUAGCUUGUGUUUGUGUAGGUUGUGUAGAAGCUUAUUGAAGAUUUAUCUUCCGUUUUCUAGAUACUUUUUCUCAAAACUGUGAAAGGCAUUCGUGGCGGAAAAGAUUUCAGAAAAUACAACAAAGGGUUUGUGGCUCGUAGCAACAUAGCAAGAAAAUUACUUUUUAAACUGUUGAAAGCCAUUUCCAGCUAAGCUGACGCUUUAAAAUUUUGGAAGCUAAUUCUAGCCAAAAGUAACCAGUCUGGGAGCUAAUUGUUGUUAAGCUAAUUCUAAUUUUAGAGGAAGUAAACGUAUUUGAUUAUACAGAAUAAAAAGUAUUUCUUUGAUUGUUAGCCUUCAACUGUGAACCACAUUAUGCUAAUUUGGAAGCUAAUCCUUGUUAAACUGGAUGGAUGGAUAAUUUUAGCUAAUCAUAGAUUUUAGCUAAAAAAUAGAUAAUUCUUCCAAAUCAUUGGCUAAUUCUAACUUAAAGGAAAUAUAUCUGUAAAAACAUUUGAUUUUACAACACAAAACAUUAUAUGUGUAGUAUUUUGCACUUUUAUUAGUCUGUAAUUGUGAACCAAAUUAAUUAUUACAAAUUAAUCCUUCUUAACCUGGAGGAUAAUUCAAGUUUUAGCUAAUAAUUAAAUAAUACCUGCAGUAAAAAUGUGAGUUUAAACAGGUUUUUAUCCUGUUUGCAGCAGCAACCUACCCGUUGCCCAGAUAAUGGAAACUAACUAUGUGGAACCACUAGCUAAUUUCAGCUAGUUAUUAGAGUUAGCAGUGUUGGACACACUGGGACAAAUUCCCAGGUUGUACAAUGCUAAGAACAUAAAUCCUGUAGGAAUGUUUCACUGAGUUUGAAACCUGGGUUUGUUGAAAAGGAAGCAGUACUGGAUGAAAAUGGCCCAACAAAUUGUUUGUUUUACGGAGCGAUGCAGUCUCAUGGCAGCUCGUGGAAAUCUUUACCUGCAUGUUUUAAAAAUGUCACAUUGACAAAUUUGCUCAGAUUAUCCGAACUCUGAGGGAUUCUUCCAUUAAUAAGCGAUUCAGACUGAGCUUUUCAUAACACCCAGUCUGAAACGUUGCUGUUCUGUUCGGAAAUGUUUGGUGAGUGGUUCACGAUUUGCCAGGACGCUGGUCGGGUUCGAGGUUUCUGGAGGAAUGCGCUCAGGCUCUGUGAUACGGAGGUUAUCGUACUUCUGUUGAGGCCUACGCUGGAGGAAAAACCACCUUCAGAUCCCUGCCAGAGCAAUCAGCUUCAGUUCAGAGUCCAGGAAGUAGUCAUUGUUUAGUGGAAAACUUGUUUUUUCUUGAGAUGUAGAAGUUAGCAUUGUUAGCUUUAGAUGUCUGUGAUGCGCUUGAUGUUCUAGUUUCAGGUUUGGAGAAGAUUGGGGUCUAUUUAAUUUAUUCGUUGGCUUAAAUAAACCAAAACUGUUGUGUUCACCAAAGUGUCACCCUUUUCUCCCAGCAGCAAAAUCCAACAAAUCUCUCAAACGGACCGUCUGUAGAUUCAGGAUGAUUGGACCCUUUCUCAGCUGUUGUCGUUGUUUUUAGUGGUCUCCAACAGGUAAACAAAAGUAAACCGAAGUGGAUUUAAUGACUUAGCGAGUCGAAAUCUCAUUGUAAUCUCAUGUAUCAGAUUUUUUUAAAAGUUAGCUGCGCUUUCCUUCCCUCAGCGCCAUGGUCUAUUGGACAGUUGAUGGUUGUCCUGGUGGUGGUUGAGGUGGAUGAACAUGAGUGAUGUAAGGAUGCCGUCAAAGCACCAGCCAGUUUAUUGACAAUGACGUUGUGUUUAGUGUCUGUAUUUUCUGUAAAGUUCCUGUUUCAUCCAUCAGGCCCCUGAAAACACAUCGAACCACAAAGACGUCACCAAAAUGAUUCAGAGGGUCGGUUCGCCCGACAGUCCGGCCCUCCCGGUCCUCUUGUCUUGUGUUGUAGUCGUUUGGUUGUAUAAAAAGAUGGCGACGCGCGUUGGGAGUCUGACCUUCCCCUCCAUCCUGCUGUGUGUAAUAAUUAUAACGUUAGUAAUAAAAACGGCAUGCAAAGCGUUGUGGAGUUUGCAUGAAGGUGUUUUUGUACCCCACCCCGCCCUCCUUACCGUGCACUUUACCACUCAUCGGACCUGUUUGAUUAGCACAUUAGCUACUAGCCACAACUUAUUACCUGGCGCUAAUUGAUCUGCAUUUCAGUAUUUCUGUUAGACGCGUUUUGUUGGAACAUAAUUGAGUGUUUUAUUUAAAUGUGAAAGGCUAAACUCCCGUCAGCUUCGGUCAUUCAGGUCCGUCUGGACUUCUCGCUGGAUUUCACCCCGCCUUUAUCUGCUGGGCUUGUUUACUCCACCCUGUGUUUGCCGAGAAAUCGCCUGUAGUCUGACCUCCGGUUGUUCCUCCACCCAUCGUUGUGCGUGUGCAGCAUGUUUCCCUACGUCUUCGAUGAAGACGGCGCGUUUGUGAGCAGUACAGGUUCGUCUCAACGUGCAAAGCGUCAGACUGCAGUCCGCCGGGUUGCAGCCGUUUUCACAAGUUGUUAAAAAAUUGCGACUAAGAGGAUCAGAGCCCUAAAUGUACACGAUGUUCACUGUUUGUUUGAUUCAAACCAAAGCCUCUCCCUCCCACUUGUGUUCUCAAAAUGUCUGCCGCUAGAAUCAAAGAGCACAAAGCAAGUGAAGUUUACACCGAGACGUUCCUCAGACAGAUACAGCAAUUUAAAGAAAGCAAAACUAAAAGAGAAAAGCCUGCCCUGAUGCCCCCACACACCUCCAGCCCUCACUGCAUGAUGCUCUUUCCCUGCAUAAGUUGAUCCGACCAAUCUGAACAACGUCUGCCUCCAGUUCCUUUUCUCCUGUAGAUGCUAGUUUGUGGUCUGAUUAGUGGAAAAUACGGCACAUAAUCAUAACCGGAGACAACGGUGGUGCUUUCUUCUUCUAUUCAAUAACUGCUCUUGUUCUUGUUGUUUUGGUGUCAUUUUGUUUUUCCUGUACAGUUAAUCAGUCGUCUUCACACCUCCGGAUCAACGCGCUGCUGCGGUGGGAGCAAAAGAAAAAUUACUCAAAUUAUAGAUUAUUGUUAUUUAUGAUGUAUAUUUAUGUGUAAAUUUGUGGGAAAAUAUAGAAAUUAAACUCAAAGUGCAACUUAAUUCCAGGAUAUCUAACAGAAAGGCCAGUUUUCUGUUGCCUUGAGGCUGAAACAUGACCAGAGAUCCGUUAACCAAAUAUUCUGCAUCUCCUUCCUAACCGCCAACACCGGAGAACAUUUCAAAGACCAGAAUUUAUAAAUGAUUUUAACCAAAGAGAACGCAGACAGGAACGGACCUCGGAUUGUCGCAGAAAACUUUCUCAUCUCUACCUGAUGUCCUGCCUUGGAGAAACAUGGAUUUAUAAAAUCUAAUCCGUUUGCAAACAUGCGGUUUGCUGCAGAUGUGCAUGUGAAUCCAGAUGUUUGCAUAAUUCAGAUGUUUUCCAGGAUAAAGUUUGAAAUGAAAACAUUGAGAUAUUCCAGCUCCACAAACCGCCAGCGAGCGUUGUCCGCAGCGUGACGAAAGACUAAUAUAUAAACUACAAUAUAUGAAUAUUUUCAUGUAGAUCUUACACCAACAUACGGCGUUUGUAUGACUGUGUACAUGGCCGCGUGCCAUUACUGCUUCUGUGGGCUUGGUGCCGUUUUUCUGUCAGAGCAGGACGCCAGCGAGCAGGAAGUGGGUCAUCCUGAGGGGUUCGGUCGCCGCACAGAGGCUCCAAAGAUCGACUCUGUUAGCCAAACGAUCCGCCGUGUCUCUCCACGCGCGGCGAACCGCUACCGUCAUUUCGCUUGAAGUAAACAUGAGUCAGAACUACUUCUUACCUCCUCAUUUGUCGGACCAGAACCCGCUCUGCCAUGAUUUUUGUCUUCAUGGGAAGAUUUUGCUGCGCAUCCUGCUCUGAUUACAUGAAAACUUUGAUUUUUUCGUUGCAGUAAAAGCUGUGACUUGUUUUGAACUGAUCUGAUUUUUUUAAUGCUUGAUCCAAACGUCUCUGCUCUCUUCAUCAAGCGAAGACAGUAUUUGGUUUCUAUCAGUGUUUAUUUUUCCUGAGUGGGAGGAGUUAGGGGAGGGGUCAAUAGAUAGACCACACCCACAUAGACCUUGCCAUAUUAAGAAAUACACUUAAAUAACAUUAUUAUUAUUAUUAUAGUCGUUGCUGUUAUUAUAAUUCCAACCAUAAAAGGCAAAUAAAAUGCAGAAAAACAUUUGCAAAAACCCAGGAGGAGUGAACGGCUUCACACAAAGUGAUCAAACAGAAAAACUUUUAAAAAGGGAGGUUUCCACAAUUCCUUGAUUUAAAGAAGUACAAAAGGAGUUAUGUUAUCAUAAAUAAUAGUAGUAACAUUGAAUAUUGAAUGCUCGCAAUUUUGUCAAACUGAAACUGGAAUCUUUGUGUUCUGUAAUUAUUGUAAAUAACUUCAGAGAGAAAAAAUGACUUGCAUGUCUAUGUAUAAAUCUACUGAGAUAUUUAUUCCCGUCAAAGUUGACAAGCACUUCGAUGUCUGUCCUUUUUCGCUGCUUUUAUUUCCUGGACGUCUCGUAUCCUAAGCCCCGCCCCUCCGCUCUCCGUCGGCGGCAGAGAGACGGCGCCGUGUUGCUUCCAUCGCCGUCGUUCUCUGCCUCGCUCUGUCCGGACGUUGUGUCCGCUCACAGCCGCUCCUCCGUCCAUAACUCCAAAUCCAGAGGCUCCGCCCACUGGCUCCUCUGAUGAAAGUGCUUCCCUCCAUAUUAGGAAACUAAACCCCGCCUCCAGGGCCUUAGAAGCCACGCCCCGUCCCUCUGGAAGUCCUGUUCAGGGUCACCACCUCUCUGUCCGACGUCGUCUCUCCGCCGCAUUUCACCAAACGUCCGACCAUUUCCUGUCUGGUUCUCAUCAAGUCCUCUAAAACCGACUCAGUACAACCAGUUCAUAGCCAUAUCCAAACGAAAGUGCCCAGUCAGUCUAUAAACUACAGUCAGUUGGGCUGGGAUCAGCAACUCUGAGAUAGAAUCGGUGGUGAUACGCAUCAACUUUAGAGAAAAAGCACACAUCCACCAGAUGGAGCAAAGGGACUUUCUUGCUGAUCUUUAUGCUCUCACUAACCAUACCGCCUCUGACAUCAGUAGACUAAGAGUAGAUUUAAAUCCGAGUUACGUACUUCAGAACUCCACUACAGUCUUCCUACUACCCAACUUUCCCGAUUUUUUUAUUCCCAGAGGAGUUCCUGGAGGAGAUCGUAGCUCUGGUCUCUCGAAGUCGUCAAAAGGGAUGCGAAAACACAGUCCAGGACAAGCUAGCACAGUCCAGGACAAGCUAGCACAGUCCAGGACAAGCUAGCACAGUCCAGGACAAGCUAGCACAGUCCAGGACAAGCUAGCACAGUCCAGGACAAGCUAGAUAAGUUAAGCAAAAGUUAAAGUUUAGUAAAGCUAGCUGAGUAAGGUACAGGCAAGGUAAGCUUAGUAAAAGUUAGCUAAACUCAGCGUAAACCAGCAACGUUCCCAGUGAACCAGUUGUAGUUCUUUUCAUUUAACGCGGUCAGGCCGUUUGACGGCUUCGAGGUCUGCGGUCCGGCCGGAGUCGCCACCCAAUUCCAGGCCCGGUCUCCAGCCUCACACAGGCCUUUCGUAACAAAGCGUGCAAUAUUCAGAGAAACAAGGGCUGACCUUAUCAUGCAGAGGCGACCAGGCCGGCCGACGCGCCGCGCUCUCCAGCAGGAACUCCCGACGCGGAAUCCCGCCGUCCAGACGCCAUGAUCCGGGGAGAAAUACGCCACUGUUUUUGUUUUAUUAUUAUUACUUUUAGGCGGCUGCAUGCUGAUGCUGUGCUGGGGGAGGAGGUGGGAGGACGGCAGAGAAGAGACGGAGAUCAGAAAAAAUAAAAGUCUGCACAUUAAAAACAUUGGGGAAAGAGGACAGUGACGUCGCUCUUUGCACGCAACUUUGACCGGAAAUGCAACUCGUGUCCCGUUUUUUUUUGUGUGUGUGUAUGUGUGCGUAGCGUAAUGUAAAGCGAUCUGUCCCCCUCCUCCCCCGCUGCCCUCCUGCCCCUCCUGCCCCCUCUCUCGUACUGCUGUUGGCUGUUCUGUUUAGUUCAUGUGACGUGCCAGUAUCCCCUCCCCCCUUCUUUAGCCCCCCCUGAUUCCCCCCUCCCUUCAACCCCCCCCCCCCCAAAAAAAAAGAAAGCCUCGCCCUUCCUCUCUUCAUGGAUCUUUAAGAUGACAACUCUAUGCAGAUGCUGUCUUUUAUAAGUGUGUCAAAAUUUUAAUUUAAAAUAAAAACUUAAAAAACAAACCCUGACAGACAUAUUGAAAUGAAACAAAAAAAUAAUAAAGAAAAGGAUUGUUCAGUGUAA